AUUAAUUCAAUAUGAGACACAGCAAAGUAAGCUAUUUGCUUCACGGGUGAGCGUGUUAAACGCUAAAAAAAUAAAUAUAAAAGUAAAAAAAAAAAUAUAAAAUCGAAUCAAAACUAGAUGAAAAGUUUACAGUCUCUACUUCCACAUUGUAUGCAAACUUUAGUUUCUGUUUUCUUUAACUAGAAAAUGUUAAUUUGUUAACAAACGAGUGAUUUAUAAAUAUCGGGUGAAAAAAUAUAUUGGAAAUAUUGAAAAAACCUACAUUUGUAUAGUGGAACUAAAGUUGUUUUAUUUUUGGAAAGUAAUUGAAAGUGAGAAAAGUAUUGAAGUUGUGUUAAGAAGAAGUUGAGUCCACUUGCGGUCCAUCAAAAACAAAAAACAAAAAAAAAAAAGAAAACAAAUAAAGCGAAGGAAACAGGGAAUAAUAAUACAAGAACUUACCAUUAUACAUAAUUACAAUAUUAGUAAUGUUAUUUAAUGUGAUGGCUUAUAAUGCUGUUAGUUAUUGUUACGAUACAUCGGAUUUUUCUUAUAGAUUAAGGCCCCACGAUUUUGUGGGCCCGCCAGAACUUCUGUUACUAAUAGUUAAGUAAAGCUGAAUAACAAGUUCAAAGUAAAAGUAAUAAAUAAAAACCUUUAAAAAAAAAUCUUUGCAAAAAAAAAAAAAAUUAAAACUCAUUUAUAAUUAAAUUCGCUUUGAAGCAGCAUUGUAGUCCUUAUGUUGCAAUCAGGCAUAAUCGUUGUUGAAAAACCUCCAUCAAUAGCAACUCAACAGCAAAAGCAAAAACCAAAUCACGAAAUUCAAUAUGUCGAAUAUUACGAGCCAACUGAUCCGCCUCUUCAGCAUCAUCAUGCAAUCGUUCUGGAUAAUGUAAGUGUAACCCAUACGCCUAAUAAAAAUCAGUUUAAUAUUAAUAAGCCAACUAUGUCGCAGAAUUUUGCAUUACCACACAAUCAAUCCACACAAAAUAAUCAUCAACGAAUAACUCAAAUGUUACAAUUAAGCGAACAACCUAAUGCUGCUACAACAUCUAAUAUUAUAGUACCAACAGCGGAUUUUGCAUCAAAUCAAAUUUUUAAAAUAGUGAGUACAGAUGGUGCAGGUGGUAUAGAGAGUCGGCAAAUGUUUAUAGAUGCAUCAACGAAUUCUAAAAUGUUGCUUGGUAAUAUAACGAUGUUGCCAAAGCAAGUAGGAAAUGCCACAAAUGCAAAUAAUAUCAGCGUAUUGCCAACUCCACAAAAUAAUCAGCAACCGCAAACUAUAAAUUUUGUAGGUACGAAAAAUAUACCAUACAUUAGCGGAGGAAAUACAGCUCAAUUGAAUGGUAAAAAAUUUCCUACGAAAAAUGCAAAUGUCAAGAAUCAAAUACAAACGACAGGUACAUUUGUCCAGCAAACACCGCAGCAUGUGGUGCAUAAGGUAAAUGUGCCAACGAAAGUGAUUUCACGUAUGCCGACCAUUGUACAACAAGCCACAAAUAACACCAAUCACAAUAUCACACAACAACCAUCAACAAAUCAUCCGUAUGUGGUAUCUCAGUCACACAAAUAUGUAACUGCUAGCAGCAGUAAUAUACCAAAGAUUGGUAAUAUUAUAAAGAAGAAUGUAAAUAAAAGUUGUCAGAAUAAAAUAUCCGCUAAUAAUACACAGCAACAAGGCACUGUAAAAACGUUUAUAGCUCAGCAAGCCUAUCAAUACCAUCCAAAUAACAAUAAUAAAAUCACUAAAACUAAAUUACUUAAACAAUUAGGCAAUACCACUGGUGGCGGAGUCUCAAUUGCAACAUUGCCACUGCAGCAGAGUUUUGGUACCUAUACGAUAAACUCAAAUAAAUUAAAUAGCAGUAAUCAAAAUAAUGCGACAACUAAAGUUACUAAAAUGACUAACAACAAAUUUAUAAUGCAAAAUCAGCCGCAACAUGUUGCUACAUUACCGCAGGGUACGCAACUACAACAUAAAACUAUGCAGGCUACACAGCCACAAAGUAAUAUUGUUGUACAACAGCAAAUACUUCCAAAUUCGAUAGUUGGUGGCAAUAGUAAUUCAAGCGCUUCCAAUAGUAACAUUAAGUAUGUUAAUUCACAAGGUGCUGUUAUACAACAACAUCAAACACAUCCUAGCUCACAGCAUAGUCAAAAAUAUCGCCAACAGUUUCUGGAGACGCCUGUCUGUAUACAACGUGAAAAUAAUACAGUGACGAAUAAUGCAUCUUCUGCAAUCAGUAACUAUCAGACAGAACUCGAUAUGACCGAUGAGAUGUCUGCGCGCAUUCUACAAAGUAUGGCCCAAAAACAUUUUAAUAAGCAACAAGCACAACAUCAUCAGCAAAAACUCAAAGUAUUGCCAUCGCAGUCACAACCCCAUUAUAUAAUACAGAACUCGCCGGGCAGUACAAAUAUUGUCUUGUCUCCGAACGAUUUUUCUACUUAUAAUUCCCAACAACAAAAUUCUUACAUGCCUAUCUCUGCGAAGACAUUAAUAACAAAUGUUGCUAGCAAUUCAGCGCCGUCAAUUUCCUUAUCAAAUGCAAACGCAGAAAAAAAUCACAGUACCUCUGUCAAUAGAUCACAAUCACUAGAACGGAAACAACUUGAUACGAAUUCUGCGAAAAGGGCAACUGAGUUCAUCAAAAACAGCAACGCCAGUUCGCCUGUCUAUCGAAACAAUAAUAAUUUUAAUGGAUUAAGCGUUGGGGCUCUACCAACAACAGAAUCAGUUGCUUUUAUACAGUCAAUUAAGCAGAAUACUGAUACCACUCUUAUAUCGACUAAUAGUUACAGUGCUAAUACUACAGCAAACUUAUCUCAGGAUGACGAUAUUAUUGGUGAAGAAGUAAGACCAUUGCCCAUUACAGAUGAUGUAAAAUUACAUUGUUUACAUGCGGUGUGGCUUGAUCAUACCUAUGCAAAUGCAGCGCCGACACGUUUAACAACGGAAGCUGUGAACAAUAAUGCUAAUAGCAGUACAUUACAUAAAACUGUUAGCAAUAGUGGACAUAUAGAAGCACAACCAAGCUCAUCAUUGGUUGCUAAUCCAGUAUCAAAUAAUUGGACAUUGGGAGGAAUCAGUGCUACAUCUGCAAAUAACGCACCUAGUGAUAUUACAGUAAUAACUGUACCCAAUUCUCUAACGUCGACUUCAAGCGGAACGCCAUCAGUAUAUUCAUUAUAUGGACAACAGAUAACGAGGCAGCCUCAAGACGAUGACGCACAUUCAGCUAUAAGUAAUGGUUCACGAGUUGCAACUGGUGAUAUAGACCCUGGAGAAGAAACAGAGACGGCGCCAGAAGCUGAAGCGGAAGAUGACUCUUUAACUCGUUGUAUAUGUGAUUUGACCCAUGAUGAUGGUUACAUGAUUUGUUGUGAUAAGUGCUCUGCAUGGCAACAUGUGGAUUGCAUGGGUAUUGAAAGACAUAAUAUUCCUGAAGAAUAUUUGUGUGAAAUAUGUCAACCAAGGCCUGUAGAUAAAGUACGUGCUCGUCAAAUACAAUUAAUGAUACGCAAAGAGCAAGCCCUUUCCAUGCAAUCGGGCGUAUCUACUUUAGUAGAUGCUGCAGGUGUUAUUGCUGCUUCAAAAAUGCAUUUUAAUGAGAAUAUAAAUAGACCUGGUGCUAAUAUAUCACAGAAGGAUACCUUGCAAAAUAGUAAGAAUAGUGGAGUGUUAAAAAAGGGUAAGGUUCUUAAGAAAACAAAGGAGACUGGCGUUAAAAAACUCAAAAGAGAAAAAAAUGGUGAAGUAUUUUCUAGUGGCAAAAAUAUUCGCAAAGAAACAAAGAAAAAUACCAAACGCAAGUCCAAAACAACAGAAAAUAGUGCACAUCCAGUUAAACAAUCCAAUCAUAUGAGUAAUUUAAUAGAGCAUUAUGAACAUGCCAUGACGAACCACUACUCUCAACAGUUGAGAGCGCGAAUUUAUUCCUUGACAAAAGUUCCAAGUAUAAUGCAGGCCAUAAAUAUGAAGAGCAAUGAGUUGUUGAAAGACUAUCGAAAUUUCGAAAGUAAAGCUACAAUAGUACCAUUUGCUGGUGGUAAGAUAUUGAUAAGUAAUCAAGACAUAAAAUCUAAUUCGCCAAUUGUUGAGUUGCUGGGAAAAUGUAUGCUUCAAGAGCAAUUUAUAAGUCAAAACAGUCAUGCAUAUAUAAAUGAUCCACCCGUAACAACUAAUCCACUGAAUAAGGUGCAUAAAACUCCUGGUCCGUUUGUAUUUUUUUAUCACCUACCAAAUGUAGAAGAUCAUACAAUUGAAGGAUCAACGUUAACUCAAUUGCAAGGCCAAAAAAUCUGUAUUGACUGCAGAACUUAUGGCAAUGAAGCUAGAUUUGUGAGGCGAUCUUGUCGUCCUAAUGCUAAAGUACAACAUAUUGUUGAAAAAAAUGCUGUUCAUUUGUUUAUUGUAGCAACUACUGACAUACGGGCAAGUACAGAAAUAACUAUAACUCAUGAGCCACAUGAUUUACUAGCAUUGGAAACCCCGAAAUCUAGUAAUAUUUCUGUGAUUUCAACAAGUACGCCUUGUGCUUGUACUUGUUUUGUUUGUCCUUUUGUAAACACGACUUCAAAGACAAAUCGCAGAAACCGUAAUAGUCCAGUGUCAAGUGUGAGUGUGGUGACAACUAACACAACUAUGGGAAGCUCGAAGAAGAAGCAAUUGAAUAACCGAAACAGAUCAACAUCCUCAUCAACAUCAUCUAGUGGAGACAGUACAAUCGGUCUUAAUAGCCCCAACAUUAUUAAUAAUUUAUAUAAAAACAAUAUGAUUGGAAACAAUCCUAGAGCCGCCAAUAGCAAUUCGAAAAAUGUAUUUCCUAUGGUGGGGACUCCCAAAAAUAGCAAUGGCAAUUUACUAUCAGUUCGAAAUAAUUUAAAUGAUUCGUCGCCUUUUAUAACAAUCUCACCGAUACAACAACAACAACAAAAGUUACCAGUUUUGCAAAAUUCUGUAAUAGAUGCAACUUUAACAGAGCCAACCCUUGUUAUACAAACAAAUCAACAAAUUAUGUCAUCUCUGCCUAGUAGUAUGAUUGUAUCACCGCAUCAAAUUCAAUUGCCGCAGCAACCACAAGUAUUGCCUGUUGUACAGCAAGUGUCACUUACAGUUGCAGUAGCACCAGAAACUGUUACUGCUUCUGCAACUCCUACAAAUACUUGUAUUGUUGCAUCAUCUAAUUUUGAGGAAGAGAAAGUAGAAAAACCUAUGAUUGCUCAACUACAGACACCAGUGUCACCAAUUCUGUUACAAACAAGUCCAAAGCAUCAAGAUAUUGCGGUGGAAUUGCCAUUAUUACCACAACAGCAACCAGUUCAGACUGUAGUAAAUUCUAAUGAUGCUACAAUAGAUGACACACUUGCAGCGUCGGCUCUGCAAACACUUAAUUCUGCAAAUAAAUCAUCUACAGAAAUAGAACAAAAUAUAAGUAGUCAAGUAGUUCAGACGGAAAAAGAUGAAGUGGAUAUAGCUAAUCCACAACAGCAUGUGUCUCUAUCAAUUAAUAAUAAUAUAACAAUUCAAAAUGUACCUGUUCAAGAAAGUGCAAGUCAUAAACCGAUUCCCACAACUAGUAAUUCGUUGGUGGAUACAGGUCGCAAAAUUAAUACUAGAAACAGUCGUUUAACAAGCUGUUCAGAUGAUAUAUCUAAUGACUGUCAGUUAGGCACUGAAGAGGGUUCCAGUAACAUAAAUACUGUAGUAACAUCUACACCAAAUGUUGGACAAAAAUUAUCUCGUGAAGACAGAAAAAUGCAGGCGAUUAUACGUGCUAUAGAAAACAUGGAGAGAAAACAAAAGAAACAGUCUAAGAGUGCAGCGUCAAAACGUCGUGGCAGCAAUAAUAACAAUGGAAAUAGUUCAUCUGAGAUCGAACUAUUGAACUCGAAAAAAAGUUCCUUAACAACGCGAAAAAAGAAACGAAAGCCAUAUAAAUCUCAUCCAGUAAACGGUGCUCAACGUAAACGUCGUAAAAGUCGAAUUAACAGUAAUGAAUCAGAUGCAGACCAUGAUGCAGAUGCUGAAAAUGAUACCAUACCAAUGUCGGAAUGUGAAUCAACAUCUAUGCUUUCGCCACCAAUUCAAACAACUGCUUCAAACACAGCCUCAAGUGGUGACAUAAAUACUCCUGCACUUAUAACAUCUGCGCUAGCAAAUACUGAUACUUUUAUUAAUGAAUCUACAAAUGUUGAUCAAGCAGCUGGUUUAUUAAUGGCAUUUGCAAAUCCAAAUAAAAUUACAAAUUUAGAUUCGUUGAAUUAUCCCAUAGAAAAUCACCUGCCAGAAACACAAAAAGUUUUUCCAAACAUAAAUGUUUCCACUGAACGUUAUCUAAUAAAUAAUGAAUUUAAAUCACCACAGCGCUUAUCAUUACCAGUAGAAAAUGUUAUGUCACCACCAUCUACACCACCAACACAAAUAAGUUCAGCAUGUUUACUUAUAGAAGCGGCUGUUGGUCCAUUGGAAUCACUUGAUAGCGGCAGUAACACACAAUGUGAUGAUGGGUUUAAAUAUCCUGCUGCAUCUAGAACUAAAAAAGCAAUCACGGAUUGGACGCAUCAAGAUGCACAGUCAUCAUCACACAACUGUAAUUUAACAAACGCAUCGGGUAUAACCAUGGCAUCUACUCAUGCCGGAGUUCUUGGAUUGGAUUCAUUAGUACAAGCUGCUAUGUCAGAUUUUGCACCACAGCAAAACUAUACUGACAAAAUAUCUGACGAGUCUCAAAAUGUAAGCAUAGCUGCAAAAAAAAUUGAAGAAUUUAUAAAUCAAACUGAAGGAAGCAGUAGUCCACUGAUAACUUUAGAGGAACAAUAUACAGGUUUAACCACACAUUCUGUCCCUAAUAAGCAUUAUAAUGCGUUGGCAGAAUUAAAUGUUGAUAGUGCAGAACGGCAUUUACAAUUACCACUGCAAGUAAGUACAUGCAAUAAUUCUUCUGUGAAAAAACGUUGGUUACGCCAAGCUAUUAGUGAAGAAACUGAUGAAAGUGCUUUAACACCUUCUCCAGUGACACCGUCAACAACGUCGCCAACAUCACAAAUUAAUACUACUUUUCCAGUUAAUAACGGGUUUAGCACUCCACUUAAAAAACGCAGGUUGGUUCUUCGUAAUAAGGAUGAUGAUUUAAAUGAAACAUUGAAUUUGAAUCAAACAUCCCAAUUUGAAGGAACUAACGAAGAAGGAUCAUCAGAUUUAAAUAAAUCUGACAUAUAUGCGACAGGCAACAAUUCACCGUUACGAACAGAAGAGGUCGACGUUGUUGGUAAUAUAAAGACAGAAGAUGAAGCUGAAAUAGUAGAUGUUGGAACGGAUAUAAUACUACCAGUAAAUCACAAUCACGAUUUAAAGCAGGAAAAUGAUGAAGAUAUUAAACCAAUACUAUCAAUAGAGAGUGAAAAGAAAUCUGAAAUUAUUUUAGAUCAAGAUGACGAUGUUGAUAUAUUACGUUCGCCAAGUCCAGGACAAAAAAUAGUUGCUGAAGAUAAUCUUGUAAAGAUUGAACCAGAGGACACGAAUUGCUGUGAUGAUGUUAAAAUUGAUGUUGAGAGGGAGGAAAGUAUGACUGGCGAUAAAUUUAAAGAGUUUGUGGAUAUUAAGACUGAAGAAAAUAAAAAUGAAACCGUUAAAAUUAAGGAUGAUAUAAAUAUAAUAGAUAACACAUUAGAAAAUAAUGAUAUUAAAAGAGAGAUCGACGUGGUUAAUAGUAGUAAUAUGCUCAAAAAUGAAAAGGAAAUGCAGUUACAGUUAUUUGUGGAUGAUCAAAAAACAGUAUUACAAGAGAGCGGCUCUAUAAUUAAAAAAAUAGAACAACAAAUACCUUCAGGUGACCAAACAACAAAACGAAAUUCUACAGAAAUUAUGCCAACUUCAAAUGAAGCAAAGAAGGAAUCUAUUACAUACACGUCCAUAUCUAAAAGAGAGCGAAAAGAUCUUUCUGAUGAUGAUAUUAAAGAGCGCCUGCAUAGCUUUCAUAAAGAGAAUAUUCUAUUUCUCCAGUCUCGUAAUAAAAAAUCAAAAUCAGAAUCUUCAACAGUAUCGACAGAAAUAAAGUCUAAGCAUGAAAAACGACGUAACGAAAAAUCAACUUCUUCUGAAACUUCUGUGACAAAAAAGUCACAUCAUAGUUCCGCGUCUAAGAAAUCACAUAAAAAGGAACGAAGUCGUAGUUGCAGCAGUAGUGCCACUUCUAAAAUGAACGUACAAAAUGUACGUAGUGAAAAUAGUAGUACCACGCAUACAGCUACUGCAAACAAAGCAGAUACAGAAACUAUAGAUAUUGUCGGAAUAAAUUCAUCAUCUUUAUCAAAUAAAAAAACAAAGUCACUUGCCAACACUACACAUGCUAAUACUACUUCUAUAGAAAAAGAAAGAAAUCGCCACCGAUCCUUUUCAUCGUCUUCAUCAGGAAAUUUAAACACAAAGAAACGACAAUUGAAUUUCGAUCAAGAAUUGAAUAAAGAUAUUGCAACAAUUUGUACUAAAAUUAGAAAAGAUAAUAAAGAAGAUUCUGGUGCAAAUAGUACGAAAAAACGUCGUUUGUCAAAUUCCUUAUUGAAUGAACGUGAAGAUAACCGAAAUUGCAUUAAUAAUUCAAAUAUUAAGAUUAUAAAAUCUCAAUCGGCUUCUUCUGUAAUUUCUUCAAAUACGAAAAUAUUAGAUAAAAUAUACGAAGCAUCAAUUAAAGAUAAAACUUCUACUAUAGCUAGCGUUAGUAAUAUUUUACCAGCGACAACAACAACAACACCGACAAAUGCAAUAACUGCUGGUGUUAGCCACAUAAAACAACCUACACAACAACAAUAUAGAUCCUUAACUCAGCAAACGUUAGAUGAGGGCUGUCAAGCACCUGCACCAAUUGUUAAUGAACAUAUUUCAUUACCAACUUUCAACAACAUUGUUUUAACAGGAUCUAGUUUUAACAAUUAUGUUGGUGGAACAUCCACACCAGCAACAACUACUAUUCCACCGAAUAACACAAUGCCAUUAUCACAAGUUUCAACAAAUAUAGCGUUACCAAUAAUUGAGUCUGCAAUAACUGUAGCGGGUAAUCAAAGUCAAGCAUUAAACGGCAAAAGUAAUAUAUCAACAUAUGCUCCAGCUAAUCAUAACUCUAUUUAUGGAAAGUUACAAGAUAAUGUAAAUCAACAGCACUCAAAUUUAACAUCGACGCAAACGACUCCGUCAAACAGCGCAUUACUAAGUCUGCCAACAACUAUUCAUGCAGAUAGUCAUGUAGCUCUUAUCGAUACGAAUGUGAGAAGUUUUAGCACUCUAGGUAAUUAUCAACAGCAGCAUUCAACUUUAUGUACAUUAGAUACGGGCAAAUAUUCAAGUGAUGGAGUUAGUAAUUCAACUAUUACUACAGAAAAAACAACAUUAGCAGCAAUAAAUGCAAAUACCUCGAACAAAUUUUGCACACCUUUAAAACAAGUGUCUAAGGAUCCACGUUUAAACCCAACAUUAAAUACUCCUGAUCCACCACCGGUUCCAAAACGUAAACUAUCAAUACUUGAAUAUCGGAAGCGCAUGAAAUUAUCAACUUCCGAAUCAAGUACCAGUGGUAGUAUGCCUAGUACGCCAAUCACACCUGAGACUCCUUCAGGCACAAAUACAGUUUCUAAUAAUUUAUUGACUACUGGUUUAAGCUUUAAGACAAGUACUGAUACGGAACUGAAUGCAUCGGUGGAACGAGUUGACUUGGAUAUCACAACAAAUAUGCAAAAAUCAUGCAAUAUGAACUCUAAAGAUGACGUAUUAAGAGGUCAGUUUAGUGCAGAACCUACUCUAUUGGAAAAACAACAAGAAAAGUAUUUAGAGGCUAGACAAUUUAAUGAAAGUGAAAUAUCGUUAUUAGACAAAACUAAACUACAUUUUAGUUUAAGCAACACAUCGAAUUUGGAUAAUUGUCUUGACCCGAUAUCGUCAUCAUCAAGUUCGAAUUCAGUAUCUUCGUCACGAGAAUCAAGUCCAUAACAUUUAAAAAAUAAAGUUUGCAAUAUUGAAGUGCAGAACAUUUUAACAACGAUAAAAAAACCUAGUACUCACUGAACAUAUAAAUAUAUGCUAAACAUAUAAAUAUAUAUAUAUAUAUUGAAGACGAU